AUGGAAUGUCUUGUUUCAUUGAUCCCGAGAAAAGUUUAUCUAAUCUCAAAAUCAUUAAACUAUUUCUAUACUUUGACUCAAUUUUUAGUGUUUUUCAGUUAUAUUUAUUCCUAUCAGGAUUUUCGAAAUCAAAUGGAUUUAAAAAUACGAAUUGAUAAGGUUAGUAUUUUAUUUUUCUCACAAUCAGAAGCGGGUUGGUGUGUGCGAACACUGCGACGCAAUUUUGCGUACAGGAAGAAUGGUCUUGGCCACCCAGAAUAGCUGACAUGUUAUUUUUCGAAUGUUGAAAUAAAAACCUAAAUUCUCCCAGAACAAUGGACCGCUUCCAAACUUUAUCUUUUGUGAAAAUUGCCUUGUCUUCAACCUUGAUUCUUCUAAAUCGAUAAUUUUCGCACUAACUGCCACAUUUUCCACACUAAUCGCUGCUAUCGCCAUAGUUCUAAUGGCUCUCGCGUCAUAUCACGCGUUAUCCUCAAAUACUACAAUGUUUUCCAAAAGCACCAUGAUUAUUCAAAAAUCGUUUCUUCAAAGUUUGUUCAUACAACUUAGUGUUCAUAUAAUAUUUCUCGCUUUACCCAUCAUUCUUUUCUUUUCCGCUUUUCUUUUGAAACUUUCUAUGGAAAAUUGGCAAAUUUUCAUACAUUUUUUGACAAUUUGUUUUUUCCACCAUGGAUCAUUUUCAACGAUUGCAAUGUUGUCAACUAAUAAACAACUGAGAAGGAAUUGUGAGUUUAAAAAAAAAUUCUGGAUUGUUUUUGAGAACAAUUGAUUUUGCAGUGAGUCAGAUCAUCAGAAAAAUCGGUCAACGUUCAAAAUUAGCAUCAAAAAAUGAAUCGAAGGUCAAUACAGCAUCUUUCGUAUUUCAACAGAUGAAUCGAAAAAACACAACAACUUCAUAG